CGAGCAUAUGCCUGCCGCCUGGCCACGGUCAGGCGUAAACACGACGGCGCGCAGGGGCUCGCAGUUCUCCGUCGUGCUGGGGCGACACAGGCUUCCCGGUUCGACUCAUGCUCGCCGCUGGGAGCCCACUGUCACUCCGCCGUAGAAGAGCCGCCAUGGCGCGACCAAAAUGUGCUCCUAGGCGCAGCAGCGCAUCCCGGCCACCCGAGCAGCCCGCGAAGAGCCUGAAUACAGAGCAAGGCACGGCAAACAAGACUGCAGAGGAGGGAGUAUAAGGAAGAUCACCCAGUCCGCGAGCAGUGACCCCGUGCCGGAAGCCAGAGAUGAGCGAGUGAGAAACCCAGCUGCGCAAUGCUAGCCCUCGGAGAAGCGAACGGCUCGUGGGACAGCCAGGCAUACAGCCUGGUGGACAUAUACAAUGGCGCCAACACGUCAUCCGUGGAGCUGGAGAUCCUGAGCAACGGGACGGUGCUGGACAUCGUGCGCGACGCGAACCUCUCACUGCUGGAGGAGAGCAACGCGACUUCAGCGACCGCAGAGUCGGCCCACGUUCAGCACGCAGCCCUUGGAGUGCUCCUGGGUUUCUUCUGUAUCGCGACUGUGUUCGGUAACGUGCUUAUCAUGGUCUCCGUGGCCAAGGAGCAGUACCUGCACACCGUGACUAACUACUUUAUUGCGUCAUUAGCGACGGCGGACUGUCUGGUGGGCGCCGUGGUCAUGCCGUUUUCGGCCAUCCACGAAAUUAUGAACAAGUAUUGGAUAUUCGGCCAGGACUUAUGUGACGUCUGGCACUCCAUCGAUGUCCUGGCCAGCACUGCGUCCAUCCUGAACCUGUGCGUCAUAUCGCUGGAUCGCUAUUGGGCCAUCACCGAUCCCAUCAGCUACCCGUGCCGUAUGACGCAGGCCAGGGCGACCACCCUGAUCGCCGUCGUAUGGGUCUGCUCCGCGCUCAUCUCGUUUCCGGCCAUCGCCUGGUGGCGGGCUGUGACCAAGCUGCCGCCUGCCGCUUUCCAGUGCGCGUUCACCGAUGAUGUGGGCUACUUGGUCUUCUCGUCGACCAUAUCCUUCUACGCACCACUUAUGGUCAUGGUGUUCACUUACUACCGCAUUUACAAAGCCGCCGCCGAACAGACACGGAAUCUCAAGCUCGGCUGCAAGCAGGUCCAGUCCUGCAAUGGCGAAGAGUCGACCUCUGUGACUCUCAGAAUCCACCGCGGAGGCAUGCUCCAGACGGCCAAUAACUACAAGGCAGUUUUUGCGACAUCGAACGAAACCUUCGACCGAAACAACGCGAGCGGCACAUCAAGAAAUGUCAAGAACUUCUCGCUCAGCCGAAAGCUCGCUAAGCUCGCUAAAGAGCGCAAGGCUGCCAAGACGCUCGCCAUCGUCAUGGGAGUUUUCAUUCUGUGUUGGCUGCCGUUUUUCGUCACUAAUAUCCUGAUGGGUAUUUGCGGUGAGGCGUGCGUAACGCAACCGGACCUCGUGUUCUCCACGGUCACCUGGCUCGGCUGGAUCAAUUCGGGCAUGAAUCCAGUCAUCUACGCAUGCUGGAGCAGAGACUUUCGACGAGCUUUUGCAAAUGUACUCUGCUGUUGCUGCCCUGGCUACUUUCGAAAGAGACAGCGUCGCCGCGACCGGCUUCGACGAAUGAUCAAGGAGGACGCCAGUCUGCGCUCGCACAGCAUCGAGGAGGCUGUCCUAUAGCGGCCGUCUUGGGACGUUGCCUAGCCGCUUGUCGCUUGCCUUGCAUAGCUGGCAGCGCAGCCGACUGCUGAAGAAGCUGUUCUGAUCGCGGUACGGGCCAUUUUGCGUUACAUCUCAAAUUCUUGAGUUCGUCUGGCUGAUCAGCUAAGUUCGCGUACCGCAACAGCUUGAUUUGAAUUAGCUUAUCUCUCACUUCGAGUAACCGAGCAGGACUAUAUGAACUUGUUGCAGCUCUGUCAUUUCGGCUAAGUGCAUUGGUGCCCAUUAAGCCAAGAAGUUUAUGCAGUUGAAAAUUAUUAGUUUCUUAACCAGCACGACUUCUUUACACACGCGCAAAUCGAGGAUAACAAACCUCUAGGAAACUCAGUAGCCCUAGAACACCAUUUUCGGACCAUGCAAAACUGAAAGUGCAAACAUAUUGCAGAGAAACAUUAAUCCGUAUGGACAACAAAAUGUGUUAGGAGCAACAAGGUGGGGAGCACUAAGUGGCACACGUAUAAAUUGGGUAGAAUCUAGUUGCUUAAUCGAUGACAGUAUAAGCAACACUACGCUAGCUGUAACAUCUUCUGUCGUCGAUGACAACUUCGUAUGACUUCAGCACCUGCGUAGGAAUCCCUCCUGUGAGGUUCCGCUAGGUGUAACAUAUCUUGAAUAUGAUAAGCCAUGCAUGCAUGCUAGGUAGGCAGUAACGUCGCGCGAACUUUUUGGCACUCGGACAUUUCUUUGUAAUACCACUGCCGAGGCUUUUCGAGAGUCAUUUUUAUGCCAGAAACAUACCCAAUAUAUUACGUGAUGUCCAGACACAUUGGUACAAAGUUAAUAUUUAUCUGUCAAUUACAUGCAAAAAAACAACAGUGAAAUGCUCAGCUAAUAAAAAAGUAUCCUCAAUUAUGUGGUUUCGCACUCCUGAUGCACGCUUUGUUUCAUAAAAUAAUCUGCAGGUUGCACAAAGCAAACCAAGAAAAAAAUGUGUGUUGAUCUUGAGGAGAAAUGAAGAGAAACGGGAAUUGUCACAAAGCCAGAGAAUGCUUUGUUGCAUCUUGCUCUUGUAUGCUGCAUUUUCCCUCCCAUAUUCAUGAGACUAUCAAUAGCAGCGUACACACUAUCGAGUUGUUCAGCCAUGGUGCGCACUUUUGUAAGCGCAGUGAACCGAGCUCACGUUUAUCUCUGCAUCAGUGAGAAUCUGAUGCAGCAACUACCUUACGAGACAUCACGUAAGUAACGAGCUCAAUCAAGUAUAUUUUUGUGAUGUGAUGUUUAUUAUAGCACUUGUUGUAGCUCCUGUGUGUAACGUGGAUUCAUCGCACACUUUCUUGUCAUCAAGCCCGUAAAAAGGCGAAAUAAUCCAUCCUUACAUAAGUGUGUACUUAAGAAGAAGCUGGCGUCCUGACACGACACCAGCUGCUUCUUUCCUAUGCCAGUUUCAAGAAAUGACAAUUGUCCAUUUGACUCAUAUCAGGCUGCUGAUAUGCAUUGCGCACAAGUAGUUAUUUUUCCGCAUCAGUGAGUUUACAUUACCUUUGGACAGACCGUUGCUGUGUCGAUAGUCCAUUGUGUAACAUACAAGAGUAUAUAUGCUGCGUGUGUUAUGUUACCGUAUAUGCUGGUGUCAACUUUUUUGUGUGCAUACUAAAAACUUAUCUAUCGUUGAACGCUUGUACAUAGCUAUAAGUAUGAACGUCGUGGUGUAUUGAAAUUUAUUAACUCUUCUUUGUCAGGACACAAAUGUCACUGCACAUUUGAGGAUUGUGAAUGAAGUCGACUGAAAAGAGAAGGGCCAGGCUGUCAUUGUUUCCAAAGCCUUGUGCCAUGAUCUCCCACAUUACGUCUCACGUUUUGAGUGGUUUACAAGCUCAAAAAGAGCAAUUCUUUGUUAUUUGUGAAUUUAACGUGGAUUAACAACUCUAGCAUUUAGACUAUUGCUGUUAAACGUUACUAUGUAUUUCAUACUUCACGGCGUUGUUGUUAUUCAAGUCCGCGUGCACAAAGAACGUCUGUUGUGUUUAUUUCCCUCAGUCGUUGCUCGACAUCUGGUGAAGGCGUCUAGUUGUAGUGUUUUUGCUUCUAGUCUUACCACGUCUAUGUUAAUUCAUUUGUUACUGAUGUGAAAAUUCAGCAUAAUCUGUGUGUUAGCGCAUCUUUGAUGCUGAUUUUGAUACUGUGUUUUAUGUUGUCUACUGCGAGCAUUCAAUCAAUCGAUUUUUGUUAUGUUCAUUGUAUAUUACAUUUCCGUAAGCAUGGGAACAGUAUUUUAUGUUUGGAUGGUGCCAAAACUGAUUUAAAUGCUGUCAUGCUAUUCAUUGCGCAUCAUGGCAUGUUAAAUCAUCUAACUUAUUUUAUUUUUACUUUGCACUUCUUUGAACACCACUGUUCUUUGUACCCCAAUAUCUAUUCUCAAUAUUGAAACUGUCAUGCUUGCCUGUUCGUAUCAGUGAACCGACAUUGUAACAAAAGGCAGUGUCAUACGCUGUCAAGUUUCUCUGUAACCCAACCUGUCGUGCAGUGUAUGUCGUGAAGGUCCAGCGUAUUUCUUCAGCUUAAUCUGCAUAUAACUUUGAGGACUAAGGUGAGACCAACAUUAAUAGAUACUUUCAGUUGUCAAA